AGAGGCGAUGAUAGUUUUAUUGCCCCCAUAAAAGGCACUUCCAGAAAAAAAAAUAUUAAUUAUGAGAAAAAAAUAAAUAAACCCGCACUUUUUAAGUCGGGAAGGAGAGGUGAAACCGUAGCCUCGCUGGGCCGCGGGUGCAUGUUUUAGAAGAAGGACUGCAGAGAGGAGGAGAUGCGGUUAUAGGGAGUAGGCAGCUCAAAGGGCAGUUUCAGAUGGCUCAUAUUCCGCUGUAACUGUACAGCACGGUGAUAGCGGCGGCGGAGCAGCAAAGCGGACGCACUGGCAGCAUCUGCAGCAUCAGCACAUCAAACCGGGCACUUCCAGAGCGCGCGCAGUCCAUUCAGGAAACGCUGUGAGACGCACACUUUUCCAAGGGAUGGCCGUGAUAUUUCACAAGUAAUAUGUGCAAGACUGAUGUGGACUUUUUUUUUUUCAUUUUUCUUUUUUCUUUUUUUUUUUUUUUUUUACAAAAAACUCCUUCUCCUUUCUCUUCUCCGCUCAGUUGUGUUUCCUCAUUCAUUGUGCGCCCCUAUGAAGAGCAUUAACUAUCCCUCCCUCCAAUCCUAUUGAAAAGGCAGCGAGGAAAAGAAAAAAAAACAGAGGGAGAUGAGAGCAGCAAAUCCCUUUUUUAUUCCUCUGGUAGCGCUCAAUAAGAGAAGAAUGUGUUGCCUAUCAGUCACCGAGGGGAUCAAAUCUUCGGGACUGUCCCACGCGUUCAGUGCGCCUCGCAAAGCAUCACUGAGAUAGACAGAGUGAAGAGGACAGCAGCAGCAGCAGCAGCAGCAGCAUCCUGCCCGGACACUUCACAUCAUUCAGGGAACCUGUCUCCACUCAGGAUCCAUUUAAGUCAAUUAGGACUGCCGACAUCUCUCAGAUCUUCUCGUCGCAUGUUUGAACCGAAGCCACGAUGAGGAGUCUGGCUCUGCUGUUGGGAGUGAAAGCCGCCUGCAUCCUCCUGGUGUCUUCGCUUUCCCGCACAGGGGCCGUGAACAACAGCGGCCGGUGGUGGGGAAUAGUCAAUGUGGCUUCCUCAUCCAACCUCCUCACCAACUCCAAGAGUGUGCAGUUGGUCCUGGAUCCAAGCCUGGCCCUCCUGAGUCGUCGCCAGCGCCGGCUGAUUCGCCAGAAUCCUGGCAUUCUGCACGCCAUCGCUGCAGGGCUGCACACAGCCAUAAAGGAGUGCAAGUGGCAGUUCCGCAACCGCCGCUGGAACUGCCCAACCACCUACAGUCCAGCAAUUUUUGGCAAAAUUGUCAAUCGUGGUUGCAGAGAGACUGCGUUUGUGUUUGCCAUCACCAGCGCUGGAGUGACUCAUGCUGUGGCCCGAUCCUGCUCAGAAGGGGCUAUUGAGUCGUGUACAUGUGAUUAUCGGCGCAGAGGUCCUGGAGGCCCAGACUGGCACUGGGGGGGUUGCAGUGACAAUGUGGACUUUGGCAAGAUGUUCAGCCGUGAGUUUGUGGACUCCAGUGAGAGGGGCAGAGAUCUGCGAUACCUCACCAACCUACACAACAACGAGGCUGGAAGAAUGACCGUCUCCUCAGAGAUGCGUCAGGAGUGUAAGUGCCAUGGCAUGUCCGGCUCCUGUACAGUGCGGACCUGUUGGAUGCGCUUACCCAGUUUCCGCACGGUGGGAGAUUUCCUCAAGGAACGCUUUGACGGCGCAUCCAGAGUCAUUUAUGCCAACAAGGGCAGCAACCGUGCCUCUCACCGAGCCGAGCCCAGACAUCUGGAGCCAGAAAACCCAGCUCACAAACCCCCAUCUUCCCUGGACUUGGUCUACUUUGAGAAAUCGCCAAACUUUUGCUCUUACAAUGGCAAAACUGGCACUUUGGGAACCUCUGGAAGAACAUGCAACAGCUCGUCUCCAGGCCUGGAUGGAUGCGAGCUGCUGUGCUGCGGACGUGGAUUUAAGACUCAAACUGAGAGCGUGACCGAACGUUGCCACUGCACGUUCCACUGGUGCUGUCAUGUCAGCUGCCUGAACUGCACUAGCACACGAACGUUACAUCAGUGUCUAUGAUUGAAGGUGGAACAUUUGAGUUCAUAUUUGAGCAAGUAUUGGAGACAAAAAUAGAACUUUUCUUUUUUUUUUAAUCAAACCAGGUUGUUGCUUUAGAGAACGUGGGGCUCUCAAGUUAAGGUGUUUGGAAGAGGGCAUGAAAGUUUAAAUCCAGGUAAAAUGACAAAAGGAACAUUUCUGGCACAAAGAUCCUACCUGUCUCUCAGAAAGACAAAGUAAAACACACAUGUAUGAGCAGGGUAUCAAAGGAACACAGGUGCUUACAUUUUAACCAUUAUUUUUAGCAAAUAUUUGAACACAACAAAUAUUUAUGUUGAAGGGAAAUCGCCCACCACGCUGAGGAUAGCAUAGAAAUAAAAGGAUUUAGUGAACAGAUUGCUGCAACCAUCAACUAAUGUCUAAGUGGGAAGCAGGGCAGUGUUUCACAGAUGUUUCUGAAGCCACAGAGCAGAGAGCUACAAAUAUGUUCUCCUAUUACCAGGCAAGGAACACUCUCGACUCCGCUUGUUUACGUAGAGCUUGGGUCCUCCCGACCACUUCUAAUUUCCCUCCAAUUCCCUUGGCUUCUUUUGAUUUCUCUGUUUCUUAAUUGCCUGAAAACAGAUUUGCCAUUUGAAUUCUUGACCAGAAAAAUGCUGGCAAAUUCACAGUGAGUCACCAGACAACUACAUUAUUUGAAUGUAUUAUGAAUACACUGAAUGUUGUGUUAAAUUUUGCAUCAGUAUUGAUGAAUGAUAAAGCUGGCACAAAACCGAGGAGUGACUUAAGAAAAAAAGAAGCAUCCAGCAUGACUUAAUCUAGGUUUAAUGUAGUCAAAAUUGGUAAAAUUAUUAUGUUUAAAAAGUGUAACGUGCAGCAAAUAUUUUUCAAAUAAUAAAACUACUAUGAAGACUGUCAUAGUGUGCAUCAGCUAAAGAAAACCAAAAGGAUGUAAGCAGUGGUGGUUCUUGGGUGAGCCCCUCUUACUGCUGCUCCACAAAUAAUUAAAUGCAAGCAAUUAUCAGAGUUACAGGGCAAACGGAUAAUAUGCAGAAAACAUGUAACCUUGUUGGUCACCCCAUCCCUUUUAAUUUUGCCCUGGCCCAUACCACAAGCCGGCACUGGAUCUAGGUAUUAAAAUAGCAAAAAUAUAUUUAUAAAAGUGGGGCUUGUCAAUUUGCCAAAUGAUUUAUUUGCCCACCAGUGACUGGACAGCAUGGAGUCAAUUCAGGAUAUGUUUAAAGGUAUUUUUCCCCUUUUUAGUUAAUGUAGCUGACAAAAGUUAACUCUUGCUAGAACCAGAAAAUUCCAUUUUUUUCUGCUAAGAAAACACUUGUCUGUUUGGUCAUGCACUGAAUAUUUACUUUUUUAUGAGUGUAAAUACAAAUAUUUAUUUUUGAUGAUUUUUAUACUGUUAUAGAAUAUUGUCAGAACAGUCUCUUUUUAGAUUUCAAUCCAAAAAUCUUUGAUUUUAGUUGGGGUUUUUUUUUACUGUAUGAUAGGCAAAUAAAGGUUAUAUUUUCAAUUAAGCCAGCUCUUCUGGAUGUGUCUGAGAUGCUGUUACGUCUGAUAUUGGUUCUGUUUUGUGUAAGAAGUUUGACAAUAGAGAAAGUGAACACAUAAGCUGGUCCCUGGGUGUCCUUUGCUUAAUCCUAUUACCACCGCCAAAGCAGCCUCUUUCUGCAGACUCACAAAGCAUCCCUGCAUCUGUGCUCUGAAGCGCAGAGACAGGCUCUGCUUAUCCAGCCACAUAACUUAUCUCAUACAGUAUAUGGAUGUAGAUUGAAGGCAUUUGCUUCAUUUGCCUAAUGUCUGAAAGGGGAAAAAUGGAAUAAUAAUAAUAAUAAAAAAGAAAACCGGAGUCCUUUUCAGGACGUUGGCAACAUAACUAACCACAGAGACUUGGAGAGAUUUGUAGUCUUUAACUAGGAGCAGUCUGAGAGCAAGCAGGGUUUUGAGAGGAUGUCAAAUAGGAUGGGCGCAGAACCAUGCAGAAAUGAGAAACGACUAUAAAAAUUAAGAAUUUGAUCAAUUGAAGUUGGGAAAUUUUCAAGAACAAAUUUCAGCAAACAAAGAAAAAUCCCAAGAAUAAGUAACAUAAAAAGAAAGAUUAUUAAAACUUUACCACAAAAAUGUGAACACCUGCCAGACUGUCAAUAAGCUACUGAUUGAAAAGAUGAAUAGAAAUGACAACGGUAAUCUAACUUUGACAAAGAAAAAAAGUAUGUUGCAAAAAUUAUUUAUACUCCUUGAUUUUUUUUUCCACACAGUACACCAGAUUAAAUGACGUUACUUGAUAAAAAUAAGCAAUUGUUGUUUUGUAUAAAGAUUUUCUAGCCACAGGCUAAUUUGCAAAUCAAAGUCAUUGAUUGAACCUUAAAAAAAACAAACAGUGAAAUUAGAAAUCAAGGAUUCCCAUCACACACACACACACAGGACUAUUUCAGCACAUAUUGUGAAAUACUUAUGCAUAUGUGUGUUUGUCACAUAUGUGUGUGAUUGCAAGUCACAUUACAUUAUUUUUAUGUGACAGACCAAGGAUAAUGACAUUUUUUUUUAGAAUU